UUCCCUCUAGAACUUUGGGUUGAUAUGGAUCCCUCUCUCUCAAUCGAUUGGCAAGCGUAGACUGAUGGAGUGGGCAUCCAUUAUGGUUCGCCGUCGCACUUGAGACUCCAGACUGCGAAUCAGCAUACAGCCACUGUGUAUAACAUGGGCUUGCACUAGGUUGUUUCUUGUGUAGUGUACAACUGCGCACAUGUACUAGGCUGAAUGCACAUAUGCGCCGUUCAUUUUUCCCCGCGGAGUGAGCCCGCGCAGUCGGUCACUGGGCCACGCUGCCAGGUACAGCCGCAAGGAUGAGAGACGCGAAUCUCAGAGUGAGUCUUGGAGGAUGGCCUGCAAUUUGGGCUCGUAUGCUGACAGGCGUUUGUUAGACUGGUUGGCAACUUGGGCCAGUCAUCCGUCACUGGACAGUGGGCGAGGGGAUUGCGCAGGCAAUAAUGUCAUCAUGAAAAUCAUGGAAGAUGUCGUGGCAGGGCUGAUCAAUCACUGCUCAAUCUUCUGACAAGGGCGCGACACAGACACAUUGUCCUGGGGCAAGGAUUGUUGGCGAUCUCGGUGGAAUGCCCGAAACCUCGUCUGAUUCCGAUCGUACAGUGAAAAUCAGGGACCUGAGAAGACAGUUCGCAUGCCACCGGCCGGAGCUGUCCCGUUUCUCACAGUCGUAGUCGUAGUCGUAGUCGUAAUAGACUGAAGUGCGUGAAAACCCAGUUGAAGCUGUACACAAUUGCACGUCAGGCUAAACGCUUUUCCAACCAGACGCUGGCUGCACUACGCGUGCUACGGCAGAAGGAAGAGACUGCAGUUGCGCACGCUAUUGCCGUAGCACUGCGUAGCACAUGGAGUAUUCAUACUAUACGGAUAGUACAGUCUGAUUCUUCAUCAGGAGUCGCUGGUGGAUUUGACGCCACAGCAGAAAACAUUAGCGGGAUCCAGCAAGCUACGAACGGCUCCCACGAUUACAUCCGCCGCCGACUCAAUAAUGACUGGUCUCUGUAGACUAUUAUCAAUAGUCAGCUGUUUUUCCCAUUCGUCUACAUUCAGGUUUUCCGCCACCGGAGCCCCCUGCUCAUCGCCCCUGCAUCCUCCCUGGAGAACAUGUCCAAUGGAAUUGGGCUCCUGUGCCGAUGCUGAUGCUGAUGUACAGUAGAUCUUGCUCGCUUCAAUCCACGCAUUCAUUCAUCGUUGCAAGAUGGCACUGAUCACCCCGGACCAACAAGGCACAGCGGGCUGCCAACGUCAUGUGCUCGUUAUUAAACCCUUGAUGUGGGCCAUGCCCUGGCCUGCUAUUUUCAGUUUCUAGCCUACGACGCACGUACGCACGCACAUGCUAAGAACUCUAUGCGAUGAUGGUACAAACGCUAAGAAGAAACAACCAGCAGACCCACUCGCGCUGGCCGACGAAUCCGUCUUAAUCGGCCCUCGUUGUUGCGAGAAUAGUUAUACCGCCUUUCGGCCUGUUCUCGUGGCACCGAAUACCUCUUCUUUCUUUUUCGGUUUCUCUUUCUGAUACCAAACUUUAUUCACCUUCGCUCCUUCGCCAUUGUUCGUGUAUCAUACAAACGCCUGAUGUUGAUCUUCAUUUAGCAGUCGAUCGGUCCGCUCACUCCAUUCCAUCACCCCCCAGGCACCCUUCCAGAACAUAUUUCCGCCUGCUACCCCGCGAUAUCCGCUUCCCAUCCGUUCUCAUCCUGUCGCUUCCGACAUGGAUUCUUCAAACACUAUCAACAAUCGCCACUCUUCACCACCUCCCAUGUCAGAUUCACUUCGCCCUCCAACUCAAAGGAAAAGGAGCAAUUCGGUCCCCAUCAUGGAAGCUCUGGGCUGCUCCACACCAGAGGCACGACUAAUAUUGGCCGAGGGACGAGCGGCAGUGAGCCACCGUAAAGAGUCCGCCCGCCGCCGAGGACGUCGCGAUAGGGACCAAGAUGACUUGCCCAACUACAACCCGAGAGACCAUAUGCAGUAUCUGGAUUCUCAAACGUAUCAUACUUCGCACGAGGAAAGACAAGACUCCAUGUGCGCCACAGACCGAACAGUCUUUCGACAUUCGAGAUAUCCAUCCAAUGCAACCGACUCCAGUGUAUCCACGGUGACUGCAACCCAUGAUUCACCAGGCGAAACACAUGGCAACCCCCAUAUUGCGAUAAAGAGCCCUGUUGGAGAUUAUUCGGCAAACCUGGCUAGGUUCAUUCGUGCUCAAUUGAGCUCAAUACCGACUUACACAUCCGUCCAGUUGCCUCUCUCUCCCAGUUCAUGUCCAGACUUGUCAUACACAAAUGAGGCCACACCGCGAUCGCCAACCAAAAUCAUGCACCGCAGUAUCGAACCACCACGCAUCAUCAAUAUCCCGGCAGUCCGACCUCCGAUGCGCAGUGCUUUCUCAGAGUGGAGUUCGACCGACGAGGACGACAAUGAUGAAGAUUCUGACGACGAACUCCCUCAUAUCCCGACUUCUCAACCAACCAUGGCCACCCCAGCGUCAAAACCCUCCUACACACCGUCGCUACUUCAUUACUACGAAAACACCAAGGACUCAUCCUUCUUGUUCACCGACACACCGCUAGAUGAAGACCCAUCUCAGGGUUUUUCGUUUCCAGCCACCACCUCGGCCAGACCCGCCCGCUCCCCUGCCCCAGUUCCAUCUUCUUCACCACCGCCACCUAUGCCGCCUUUGCCCGCAAUGUACGGCCCCCCGUCUCUCGCCACCUCGUCUGCACCCUCCAUCUCCACCGUCUCCACCGGCUCGUAUUUCGACUCCAGCCUCAACCCCACAAUGCGUGACCGUGUCAUCGCAGCCGUAACACCGCCAGCCAACCCCACGCGAGGCAAGAGUCUGACUUCCAGCCCGUUCGAGGGUAAGGCGCUGGUGAAUAUGCACAAUGCUCUGGUGGAGUCGCAACACCGCGUGAACAUUGACGGAAUGUCGUUUGACAUGAUCAACGAGUACUCCAACAUGAGUGCUGGAGGCCGGAACGGACAGAGCGGAAUGCAGAGGGUUCAGACGCCUUGCUGA